GGCUGCAAUUAGAUAAACAAAUCAACAUGGCAGACGAUCUACCAGGAGACUUUGACGUUAUUGUCUUGGGUACAGGGAUGCCCGAGAGUAUUCUGGCUGCAGCUCUGUCCAGAGUUGGCCAAAAAGUAUUGCACAUUGACAGGAAUGAGUACUACAGUGGACAAUGGGCUUCAUUCAAUUUAGAAAAUAUUGCUAAAUGGACAAAAGAGAUUUUAGGUGAACAUGACCUGGAACACCCCACCAUAGAUGAGGAUAACCUUCUACAACCUGGGGAGACACUGACCCGAUUAGAUUUGUGUGUGAAGGGCAAAAGCUACUUCAACAUAACAUCAGAAUACCAUGUUGGUGAUGAAGAAACAGAAUUUGAUCAAACGGACGCCACACAAACAAGUAAAGAGGAAAACAAAGUCCAAUGUAGUGAAGUUCUAGUUGAAGUAAAUAAAGAUGAAAAUGACCCAAACAAGGCUUCGACAAUGGCAUCAGGGGAAGCUGCAGAGGAGUCAAAACCAAACACAGAAAUCAUGUCAGAACAAAAGUCAGAUGAGAACAUUGACAAACUUCCAAGUAAACAAAACACUGUAGAUAAUGCUAAAGAGAUGGAAAGUAAAAAACCAAAGCCAUGGACAGCCUCUAAACUAAAGAAGGAAUGGCGUAAAUUUAAUCUAGACCUAGCACCACGGUUGCUGUAUUGUGCAGGGAACAUGGUUGAAUUGCUGAUAUCGUCAGAUAUAGCCAAGUACUGUGAGUUUAGGACAGUAUCAAGGGUGCUCACCUUACUCAACGACAAACUGGAGAAGGUUCCCUGUUCCCGGGCUGAUGUGUUCAGCAGUAAGGAUGUAUCCAUGCUGGAGAAGCGCAUGCUGAUGAAACUCCUUACCUUCUGUGCUGAUUACACCAAUCACAAGGACCAGUAUCAAGAUUUUGCAGAUAAACCUUUCAAAGACUUCUUGAAAUCACAGAAAUUGACCAAAAAUAUAUGCCAUUUUGUUCAACAUUCCAUUGCCAUGGUAACAGAUACCAUGACAACAACAGAGGGGCUAGCAAGAACAAAGAAAUUCCUCCACUCACUUGGUCGUUAUGGUAAUACAGCUUUCCUAUGGCCCCUUUAUGGCAGUGGAGAGCUCCCACAGAGCUUUUGUCGGAUGUGUGCUGUGUUUGGCGGUAUUUAUUGCUUACGUACUGCUGUUAGUGCCAUCAUCCGUGGAGCAGAUAACAAAUGUACAGGCGUUGUGCUGACAAAUGGACAAAGAAUUAAUUGCAGGUAUUUCAUCAUGGAACCGUCGUAUGCCAAUGCAGAAGACAUACAGUAUGAGGCAAAACGACAUGUGAAUCGAGGCAUUUUUGUCACAGAUAGGUCUGUUUUACCUACCGACGAUCAACAGCUGUCAUUGAUGUACCUACCAGAUUCUGAGGAUGGGAAUCGACCUACAGCAGUACUAGAGCUGCCCCCAUCUUCAAUGACUUGUCCACAAGGCGUUCAUGCUGUACACAUGACCAGGUCAGGAUCAGGUGAAGUCCAUCCUCGAGAGGAUUUGGAGAAUGUGACACAGAAGUUAUUUGAUCCAACAGAUGAUGACAAGCCUAAUGUUCUGUGGUCCAUGUACUUUAGUCAGACCUAUUAUGAAGAUUUAAAAAGAGGGGAGAGUACUCCUGACAAUAUCAUUCUGUUGCCUGGGCCUGGACCAGAAAUAGACUUAAAUGAUGUGGUGACUCGGACUCGUGAGAUCUUUGCGGAUAUUAUGCCGGAUGAAGAAUUCCUGCCCCGACCCCCUAACCCAGAAGAUAUUAUCUAUGUGGAUGAAAAUGAAGCUACUGUUGGGGAAAACAAAGAGCAGUCUGGCUUUACAGAAGAGAGUGAAACCAAAGAGACUAGUACAGAAGGUAACAAAGAAGAUAUGUCCGAUAUCAAAUCAGACAAAACAGAAUCAAACGAAGAUAGCGAGACCAAAGACAGCAAGGAUGACCAAGGUACCGAGGUUACUACCAUACAAUCAGACAAUUCAGUAACAAAUACUGGAGAUUCAAUGGUUGACCAAUCAGAGGAUGGAAGAAAUAAUCAAGAUAUCUCAUCAGAUUUAAAUUAGAGGACUCAAAAUAAAGAGGUACCGGAGAUCAAAUGUUUCUGAUGAUUCUGACAAGAUGUUGACACUGUAUUGGGUGUCUCAGUGAUAAAUUACUGAUUGCAGUCCUAUAAUGAUCCCUACUUUCUAAAUGGACAUUUAUUUUUUAUCUAAAUGUGCUUCGUUACAUGUUUAUCCACUGUGUCUGCAUGACGUACACAAAUGUAAGGCUGUGACAGUGUGCUUUGCUUUAAACCAUGUUUAACGUACCAAGUUUUAUGCUGCAUGUUGAGUCUUGUAUGAGGUUCUAUUGCUCAAAUCCUAGUAACUGUUCAGGUUGUCCUUUCUUGCCCAACCUACCUGUAGAAAUGACCAUGUGGGGCAAGAUUUGAGGAGCAUCUCCUGUUUAUCCUUAACAUAAUGAACUAUGGAUGUUUUUUAAAUGCAGUAAGACAAGUUUACAACAUUUAUAACUUGAAUAUUGUAAUAACACUAAUUUAUAUCCAUGUAUAAGUGGCAUUGUUACACACAAUUUUAUGAUCAUGAGACAAUUCUUGUUAAACAGAGGAGACAAGUGACUGUGUUGAGUGUCAGAACUGUUCUGUUGUGAUUUGAAAAUAAUGUACGUAAGAAAAUGAUGGAUUUCACAUCAACAUUUUCUUUAUCAUUGGUAUUUUUUAUACAAACCAGAAGUGGGAGUUAUUUUGAUAACAGAUAAUUUCAUCAAUGUUAUCAAAUUGAUGUGUGAAUCUACAUUAUUGAAUUAACUAAAAUGUGUUUUCAUAGGUGUGAAUGUUUUCUAGGCCUUUAGAAAAAAUAAGUUGUAUGUGGCUACCGAUCUGGGUAGAGUAUACUUAAGUUGUUUUUUUUUAUGUCUGAAUGUUCAAAAUAUACACUUUGUGGCUUUCUCCAAUCAGAAUAUUGUAAAUAUGAUGUUGAAUAUUUCAUAACCAUAUUUACCGCCAAUUAUUUUCAGGCACAUAUUUCAAUUUCAAAGAUUUUGUUCAGAAUAUUGUUUUGAAUGUCUAGACAUAUUCGACUAUAUUGUAUGAUAUAAACCAGUCACAAUAAAAAGGCUUUGAUUAAAGAAGCUAUUGAUGACUAUAAGAAUGGUUUCAUAAAUAUAAGCUGUAUUUGAUACUAGCUUCCAACCAUAUACUUAUUUUAGUCAAAAAGGCUACAGAUACCUGUAUGUUCUCAUCAAAAGUGUCUAGGCCUACAUGUUCAUCUCCUGUGAGGUAGGAUUGAUGUGUGAUUUUAUUUUCUUGAUCAGUAUCAGUGUACUGUGUAUGUAAUUGUCUACUGAUGUAACCAUUUCCUGAACUGAUUGUUAGAAUAUUUUACACAUGUUAAUAAAUAUUUCAAUAAAAAUGUA